GAAGAAAGAGAGAGAGAGGGGGGAGAGAGAGAGAGCUAAAAAAAAGUAAAAAGGAAGCAGUGCAGAGCUGGUCCUCUCUCCUCUUCUGUCUCUCCUAGAUUUGCUCUGCUGCUGCCAUCUUCUUCCUCUUAUCACUUUAGGUUUAUCGUUUCAAUUUCAAGAAUUUGUUCAAAAUCCCAAUCUCUACUCUCUUAGCUCUCCCUCUUCUCAUCUGAAACUCCUUCUCUCAAAACCCUAUUUCAUUCCUCCCUAUGAUUGGAUAUCCUGCUUCCAUUUUCACUGAUCACGGUUAAGAUCAGGGUUUUUCAUCCUGUUUUGUCUGCGUAUACAUCAUUUUCUUCGGUUUUGUUUUCCUAUUUUACUAAAAAUGAAGGUUCGCUGGAUCUGGAUAUACGUUGUCUUGUGUUUCACUGUGAACUUGAUUAUGUAGCUAUGAUAGUCCACGAGUACAACUUGUUUUGGAUUGAGGACAACUUUGCACUUCGUCGUAAAUGCAUGUUUUCAGUGUCGAGUUGUGGUUUCUUGCAUCAGUUGUGUGCUGUGCGUUACUGAUUUUUCUUAUAUUUGUCGUUAAGUUUUGGCAAGCGUGGAAAAUUGAACGUAGUAGUGGUUUUGAUUCCAAUUAGAGGUUUAUUGAGGCUUGUUCGACCUCAAUUCCUCAAAGAUUUGUUUUGUAUUUUGUGGGAUUGGGGUUUAAGGGGGUCAUCUCUGGAAUUUCAAGCUUUCAAUGCAAUGAGAUUUUAGGUCUGUGUGGUUAACCUGGUCAACACUUGUUUGAGUUUCACGGAUGUCAGUGGAGCUCAUCUCAUUCAGGCAAAAUCAAGGUGAUAACUAGCAUGUUUAAUGAGAGUGAGGUAAGAUGCCUAAGGGUCAUCGUGAAUCACUAUCUGUUCAAGAGGCCAGCACUAGAGAAAAUUCAGAAGGGGGUGUCCAUUUGAAGAAAGGCCCUUGGACUUCAGCUGAAGAUGCAAUUUUGGUUGACUAUGUCAAUAAACAUGGUGAGGGGAACUGGAAUGCUGUACAGAAGCACUCAGGACUUUCUCGGUGUGGGAAAAGUUGUCGCCUACGAUGGGCAAAUCACCUAAGACCAGAUUUGAAAAAGGGAGCAUUUACUCCAGAGGAAGAACAGCAUAUCAUUGAACUCCAUGCUAAGUUGGGUAACAAGUGGGCUCGAAUGGCUGCAGAGCUGCCUGGGCGUACAGAUAAUGAGAUAAAAAACUACUGGAAUACAAGAAUGAAGAGGCUGCAACGUGCUGGCUUACCAAUUUACCCUGAAGAUGUGUGCAUGCAAGUGCUGAAUGGGGCACGAGAAAGUCAAAACAUGGAUAUAUUGCCAAAUGGUGAUACAUGUUCUCUUGAUGUCCUGCAUACUGACAAUUUUGAGAUCCCUGACGUGGAAUUCAAAAACUUAGAACUUAAUCGAGGAUUUUUAUCUUAUUCACCAACAUUUCUUGAUAUUCCUGGGAGCAACAUGCAAAAACAAGGUGUUAGUUCAUCCGGUAGGUACAACAUGAUGUUCCCAACUAUUACUCCCAGCAAACGGCCUCGAGAAUCAGAGUUUGUUAUGGAUAACGACACUGAUGGUGGUGUUCUUCCUUUUAAUCAGUACAUGAAUUAUGAUCAUGAGAAGAUCAAUGAUCCCUUUGGGUUGUCUUAUUCCUACCAUUCUGAUAGCAGCUCUUGUGAUCAGUUGGUCUUACUAAGUGUUCCUGGCAGCCAUGCCCUUUUAAAUGGCAAUUCUUCUUCUUCAGAGCCCAUAUACGGGGCUAUGAAGUUGGAGCUCCCUUCACUCCAAUAUUCAGGUACUCAACAAGAUAGUUGGGGAACACCUGCGUCCCCACUGCCUUCACUCGAAUCUAUUGAUACUUUAAUCCAGUCCCCUCCAAAAGAUCAGACUCGGUCAGAUUGUCCAUCACCUCAGAAUAAUGGUCUGUUGGAGGCAGUUCUCUAUGAAUCAGAGGCUCGGACAAGGUCAAAGAACUAUCAACAUAAGCAGGCCUCGAAUACUCCUUACAUGUUUGGUGAUAGUAUGGAUGGUUCACCUUUGAAUCUCUGCAUGAUGGGACAGGAAGCACAUGGUGACCCAAACUCUCCUUUAGGUCAUUCUACAAUAUCAGUUCUCAGUGAGUGUACUCCUGUCAAUGGAACCCUAUCAGAUGAACACCAGUCUGCUGAGACUAAGCCAGGGUAUGAUAUUAAGCCAAUGAUAGCGUAUGCUGUCAAGCCUCUGGCUUCGUAUUCACCUACAGUCCAAACUGUUGAAAAUAUAGGAAAUUCCGAUAACUUGAAUUGGCUCGCUUAUAGCAUGGCAGAUCUAAAAAAUAAGUCGAUUCCGAGGGAUGCUAUAGGUGUACUUCUUGGUGAGGAUUUCGGCGGCAACGGCUAGCAUACGGGUAGUAUGAACGUGAAAUCUUGGCCUCUGUUAAUGGUUGCUUGAGAAGAAUUCUGUUAAUGGUGAAUUCUACAAACAUGGAGAGAUAAGUUUGGUUAAACUAGUGUUUCGGAACUUGUUCGGUUACUUGGUUUUCGAGAUUGCAGGUUGGUUUUUGUGAACUGGAUGAAACUUUUUGUCUACAGAAUGAUGUUGGUCUCUGUCAAUGCAACUGAAUGUUUUCCAAUUAUGAACUUUUGGGUUGACCUCUUCAGCCUUCGUGCUUUCUAUUUAUGAGGACCUUUAUUUAGCA